GAGAGAGAGAGAGAGAGGGUAUCCUAAGCGGCGUGCCGAGAGCACUGCCGAUCGCUAGCAGCGUGGGCUUAGCGUGAUGUAACCCCACGCGCGGCACGCUAAUCGUCCUCGACUCGGCCUCGCUGUGCGUGCGUGCGUGCGUGCGUGCGUGCGUGCGCUCCGCGAAGGUGCACGGGGGCUUCAUGAAGCGUCAUGACCUACCGCGCGAAACACGAGACCUAGCCCGGCCAGUAGGCGCAACGUCCGCGGCAGACGGCGGAGUCGCUGACAAAUGAGUAGCGAGCUGUGAGUAGUGAGUACCACGGCGAGUAGUCAGCAUCGUGAGGCGACCGACGAGUAGUAGUGGUCGCGUACGGGCGCGUGUGCGUGCGUGUGCGUUGUGCGAGGCACUGAGGACUCGCGUUCGCGCGAGACGCCUUGGUAGCGUGAGACUACUUGUCGGAAAGCGACAGAGAGAGAGAGAGAGAGAGGAGAGAGAUGGGCGUGAAAGAACAGGACACCGCGAAGGACACUCUCGGCAGACGCUCGGGGCACGAUGAGAGAGUAAGCUGCGCGACGCGAGCCGACAGCGCGUCCUGCAAGGAGCGGCUGCCCGGGGGGCGGCGUGGAUCCGCGCGCGGCGACGGGCAGGAUACUCGAUGAAGAAGAAGCACCUGGCCGAGCGGACACUCGCGCAGGAUUCGCGUAUGAUGGACACGCGAGCGCCGUCGGGAGGUAUCCGCGGCAGUCGAGCGGCGCCGGAAAUCGCGCGAUUCGGCGAGUCCUCUGGCACUCGCUACCAGAUUACGGCGCACCGGCGGCGCCGGUAAUGGAGCGAUAAUCCGCCCGAGAGGAAAGCUCGCGCUCCUCGAAGCUGACUCGAGCUCGGUCGAGUCCGACGCUCCGCCGGACAUCGAUUGCCUCCGCGACGGGAACGCAGAAGGCGGAAGAAAGGAACCGAGAGACUCUCGCCCCCCCCCACCCCGUGACGAAGGAGCGGGCUGUAAUUGGCGUUCGAUCGUAUUCGCGGGGAAUUCCUACGACGUUCUCGUCAUUACGCGUCCAGGCAAAUUCCAGCGAGAGAACGGCAGAAUUGGAACGAACGAAUAAUUCAGCGACCACCCUGCCUUCCCCUCCUCUAUCUCUCUCUCUCUCUCUCGGCGACCGACAGGCAGCAAACAAGCGGGAGCGUCGCUCAAGCAACGCCACGUCUCGCGUGUCAAAGGGCGAGAGCGGUCAAAGGGCGCUCGUCGCAGGUUCCCUUGGCGUCGACCGGCGAAACGAGCGAGACGGGACGAAGCGGCCGCAGGAUCGAGUCGGCCGGCUGCUAAUGCGGCCGAAUCGGCGGGGGUGGCGGCGGCGGCGACUGGCUUUUACGUGGCUUGUAGCCCCGUAGCUGUCGCGAGGGAAGAAGAUCGUUAUUACCAGCCUCGGGCGGAAAGCCCGCGGAAGAUUAAUGAACGGCGGCAGCGGCGACGGCGACGGCGGCUGGCGGAAUAACGUCGCGCGAGCGUAGUGGCGUUCGAUAAGAUCCGCGGCCGAGGAAAGCGCGGAGGAAGUCGCUGCGCGCUCCGCUGCGGCCUCCGUGUGCGAGCGGCGUGCGAGCGGCGCAAGGCCCCGGCUGGAUGUUGUCGCGAUUCCUGCAGGAGCUCUCGGCGGCAGACAACGUCGGCGCGGAGAAGCGGCGGCAGGGCUUGUGAUCGUCCCGCCAGCGGGCCGAUCGUUCCCGCGCCACAAGCGAUCGCGUAGCGAUCGCCGUCGCCGCCGACGGCGAGAGGAAUGUGACAGCGCGAGGUGGAGAGAUGACGGUGACGCCGUCGACUUCCGAUGUCGCUGACAAGGCGGUGUCGACGGACGACGGCGGCAGCGGCAUGGAGGUGGCGCGCCUCGAGGCCGUCCUCGCUGCUCUCGUGGAGACCAAGGUGGAGGCGAUGAAGGCGUCGUCGACCCUGAGCCGACGCUCCGGCAGCGCGCCCGCCAGUCCGCGCCGACCUAGAUUGACCUCGACCUCGACGGCCUCUUCUUCCUUGAACCAUCAUCACCAUCACCAUCAUCACCAUCACCACCUGCACCACUCGCAGCAGCAGCAGCAGCAGCAGCAGCAGCAGCAGCAACAGCAGCAGCAGCACAAGAAGAAGGGCCAGCCGCACCAGCAGCAUCAUCGCCACCGUCGCAGACGUCACGACUCCGCGCCCUGCGGUGAAUACCUCAACGAUGUGACGGAUCAUUCUCAGCACAAGUCACUCAAUGGAAAGGGACGGAGAAGAGCUUCCGAAAGUCCUCGAAGCCCUCGAAAGAAACGCAGGCAUUCGAGGAGUCCAAAUGUUCUUCAAGGCGUUCAAGACGUUCACGCCGGCCUCGAUUCGCGCCUCGAGCUGGUCGGCAUAGACGGCGACCAAAACGUGGCCCUAAUAAACUUCGAAAGGGCUAAAGAAAGGGCUAAAGAAGUCUUCGGCGACUCUUCCAGAUAUCCGCCGCCGCUGCACCGAAGUGCCUGCUACAUUUCCCAAAGCGAAGCUCAAUUAAAUAUUCCUUACGACGAUGCCGACUACGUGGCGUUGAACGUAGCCGACGAGGAGGAGGAGACCUUGAGCGGCCCGGAGAAGGUGGACGAGCUUCAGGAGAGGUACCAUCGGCCACGAAGAAAGCGCAAACGUAAACGACGCAAGGUCGAGCCCGUCGUCAGUCCGGAGGAGGAGUUCGUCGAUCCCGAGGAGCUCCCCCCGCGCGCACGAUGGACGAUCGUCGCCACCGCUUGUCUUCUGCUCGCGAUGUCCUUGCUCCUGGUCGGUGUCACGCUACGGAUGGCGCCUAUAAUCGACGAUAUGGGAGAUGAUAGGCGAGCCAGUGUUUGCAAGAAAAGCAGGCCGCGACGGGCGAGCACCGUGAGCGCCCGGCGAGAUUCCGUUCGGCCCACCAAGACGGACGUUCAGCAGACGCGGAAGAUGAUGGAGGACGACGCUCGCGACCCUGAGCAGGCGAGGCGUCACCGACGAAUCGCCACGGUCGUCGUCGGGACCUUCAUCUUCCUGCUGGUGGCGUCGGUGCUGGCGGUGGUGGUCACCUUGACGCACAGCAGUUUCCUCAGUCCUGUGGUGGGCUCGAAGGAGCUGACGGAGUACAGAGCGCAAUUGCGGAAGGAGAACGAGGAGCUGCUGAACUCCCUCAACAGGGACAACUCCGUGCCCGAGAACGUUACGGCGCCGCCCUAGAGCGGAAACCUCCGUGGACGGAAGUGCUUCGUUCUCGUCCGUCGUUCCCGUUCCGCUUCCGGCCGUCACGACACGCGACUCUCUAUCGCGGCGGAGGGCACAACCAGGGUGCCUCACGACGACGUCGUAAGGACCCACGUCGCAGGAAGUCGCGUUUCGUCUCACGAGACCAACGGGCGAGAGACGUCCGGGUCAUUCGGGGGACAAAUUGCCAGACGAGACCACGGUGAGAGAGAGAGAGAGAGAGAGAGAGAGA